GCCAACACAGUGAUGACAGACGAUCGGUUCCGAAUGCGGGUCGACACCGGCUGUACUGGUGAUAGCAAGGAUUCCGGCAUAGACGUACAGUCACGUUUGCGAAACGUUUCCAAACGUCUGCAUCGUCGUGACGUGCUGAAGACGGUCAUGGAGGAUACGGAUGAAGCCAAAUGGGAUGUAAGUUGUCUUGUGCCUUGUGUACAAAAGUUAUCUUAG